AUGGUUGAACCAAACCCUGAAACAGGAAGUAGCCCUGAUGCUGUUAAGACCGAGAGCAGUGGGGAAUUCUGGGAAAGAACAGAGCAGAAGGACUUGGGUGAGGACAUGGCCAGCUCAGAUGUGCAGCUCCAGCGUUUCUGGCAGUUCUGCUACCAGGAGGCUGAUGGACCUCGAGAGGUUUGCAACCAGCUCCACUCUCUUUCCCAUCAAUGGCUCAAGCCAGAGCGACACACGAAAAACCAAAUCGUAGACCUGGUGAUCCUGGAGCAGUUCCUGACCAUCCUGCCAGCGGAGAUGGCGAACUGGGUGAGGGAAUGCGGAGCGGAGACCAGUUCCCAGGCGGUGGCCCUGGCAGAAGGCUUCCUCCUGAGCCAGGCAGAGGACCAGAAGGAGGAAGGGCAGCAGGUAAAGGCCCAAUUUCCAGAAGUGGGACCUGAUUUCCCUGCAGCAGAGGCGGCUCCAUCGUCAGACACCUGGCAGAGCCCCCCACAAAGGGGGUUCCGGCCGGAGGACAACGGACGUGCUGCCUUGCAUGGGCGUGGAAUGACGUUGGCAAUGAGUACACAGCCGUCUCUUCCUGAAGGAACGGAACCGGGCCAGGGUCUGGUGACUUUCGAGGAGGUUGCUGUGCGGUUCACGGAGGAGGAGUGGGCACUGCUGGAUCCUGACCAGAGAGCACUGCACUGGCUGGUCAUGGAGGAGAACCGGGGGAUCGUGGCCUCUCUCAAAAGUGACAGGUGGGAAAGGAAGAAUAAGAGCAAACGAUGUGGUAUGUCACGGAAAAGAGACAAAUGUAACAACAGCAAACAGCAGAGAAGUAAAACCGAGGUGAAUCGGAAUGGAAGCAACAAUUCCUUUGCUUCUCGGGGCAAUGGCUACCAUGGUAUCACAAUCCAGGAAGAAAUACAUCAAAGACAGGAAAUGAAAAGUUUCCAUAUGCAGAGGAAAACUUUCAAUUCCAAAUCAAACUUCAAAGUUCAUUGUGAAAUUCACACCUUGAAGAAAACGUAUCGAUGCCUGGUGUGUGGAAAGAGCUUCAGUGAGAAGGGGACUCUAAUUUCUCAUCAAAGAACUCACACAGAAGAGAAGCCAUAUAAAUGUUUGGAGUGCGAAAAGAGCUUCAGUCAGAAGAAAUAUCUCACUCAGCAUGAAAGGAUUCACACAGGAGAGAAACCAUAUCAAUGUUUGGAGUGUGGAAAGUGCUUCAGUCGUAAGGGAAAACUUACUCAGCAUCAAAGAAUUCACACAGGAGAGAAGCUAUAUCAAUGUUUGGCGUGUGGAAAACACUUCAAUGACAAGGGAAAUCUUACUCAUCACCAAAGAAUUCACACAGGAGAGAAACCACAUAAAUGUUCGGAGUGCGAAAAGAGCUUCAGUCAGAAGGCACAUCUCACUUCUCAUCAGAGAACUCACAUAAUGGAGAAACCAUAUCUUUGUCUGGAAUGUGGAAAGAGCUUCAGGUAUAAACAAUCUCUCACUUGUCAUCAAAGACGUCACACAGGGGAGAAACCACAUCAAUGCUUGGAGUGUGGAAAGAGGUUCAUUUUUCAGGUAUAUCUUACUUCUCAUCAAAAAACUCACACAGGGGAGAAACCAUUUAAAUGUUUGGAGUGCAAAAAGUGUUUCAGUCAGAAGGUCCAUCUCAAUUCCCAUCAAAGAACUCACACAGGGGAGAAACCAUAUCAGUGUUUGGAGUGUGGAAAGAGCUUCAGUGGGAAGAUAAUUCUUAUUUCUCAUCAAAGAACUCAUACAGGGGAGAAACCACAUAAAUGUUCGGAGUGUGAAAAGAGCUUCAGUCAGAAGGCACAUCUUACUUCUCAUCAAAGAACUCACACAAUGGAGAAACCAUAUCUUUGUCUGGAAUGUGGAAAGAGCUUCAAGUUUAAAUCAUCUCUCACUUGUCAUCAAAGACGUCACACAGGGGAGAAACCACAUCAAUGCUUGGAGUGUGGAAAGAGGUUCAUUUUUCAGGUAUAUCUUACUUCUCAUCAAAGAACUCACACAGGGGAGAAACCAUUUAAAUGUUUGGAGUGCGAAAAGUGUUUCAGUCAGAAGGUCCAUCUCAAUUCCCAUCAAAGAACUCACACAGGGGAGAAACCAUAUCAGUGUUUGGAGUGUGGAAAGAGGUUCAGUGAGAAGAUAAUUCUUAUUUCUCAUCAAAGAACUCAUACAGGGGAGAAACCAUAUAAAUGUUCGGAGUGUGAAAAGAGCUUCAGUCAGAAGGUACAUCUUACUUCUCAUCAAAGAACUCACACAAUGGAGAAACCAUAUUUUUGUCUGGAAUGUGGAAAGAGCUUCAAGUUUAAAUCAUCUCUCGUUUGUCAUCAAAGAAGUCACACAGGGGAGAAACCAUAUCAAUGCUUGGAGUGUGGAAAGAGGUUCAGUCAGACGGCACAUCUCAGUUCUCAUCAUAGAACUCACACAGGUGAGAAACCAUAUAAAUGUUUGGAGUGCAAAAAGAGCUUCAGUGUGAAAUCAAGUCUCAAUUCUCAUCAAAGAAGUCACACAGGGGAGAAACCAUAUCAAUGCUUGGAGUGUGGAAAGAGGUUCAGUCAGAAGGCACAUCUCAGUUCUCAUCGUAGAACUCACAAAGUUGAGAAACCAUAUAAAUGUUUGGAGUUCUAAAAGAGCUUCAGUGUGAAAUCAAGUCUCAAGUCUCAUCGAAGAACUCAUAC